CAUCAGGACUCUAUGAUACUCGCCAAGAUAAGAACUGAAAGAAGAAAAGGCUUUGCUUACAUUCCAUCUUUGAAAUGGAGCUGACAUUAAUCAAUCCAUCAUCUGUUGCCUGCCUCUCCAAAACAAUUAGGUACUGCAAACCCAAGUUCCAAAAUGCCGUCAAUGAACCCACAGUUCGGUCUCUAUGUCACCUGAAGUCACAUGAACAAAGAAGAAAGAGAUGCGUCGAAUCUUCUGCAUUACCGGAAACAGCCGCUUCAGUUGUAGUUGCAGCUGUGGCUGUGGGUGCAGCUGCAACCCUGCUUACGAGGAGAACAAGAGCUUCCGAACCCGUCGACAGCUCGUUGAAAAUUUGUGAAGAUUGCGGCGGUUCUGGUAUCUGUUCAGAAUGCAAGGGAGAAGGUUUCAUACUAAAGAAACUAACAGAAGAAAGUGCUGACAAGGCGAGAAUGUCCGCCAAGAAUAUGGCUACUCGAUACACAGCUGGGCUUCCAAAGAAAUGGAGUUACUGUUCAAAAUGCACUUCUGCUCGGUCGUGUAGUACUUGUGGCGGACGUGGGCGGGUAAGUGCAUAACUAGUUCUUGUUGCAUCUAUGUUUGUCAUUCCAGUAGAGACCCUUGAUUUACUGAAGAACACAAAUUGCUCAAAUUCAAGUUGAUCAACAAUGAUCUUAUUUUUAGAUGUUUAUGUAUAUUCUCCAAGUAAUUGCAAUUUUACCAUGGAAAGGCUCUUUAAAUGUUGAAGAUAGGAGAAUAUUUACUCUUA